AUGGCUUCAUUAAAUAACGAAAUUAAAAUAGUUUAUGAGAAUCCUUCGUCAUCCAUAAACUCUCUUCAGAUGGAACAUGAUGAUUUAAUGGCCAUAGUAUAUGAAUUAUUAAAUGAACUCCCACCUGAACAUAAACCUACGUUAUCAAUUGAAGAAAUUCUUGCUCCACGUGAGCAAGAGAAUAACACACAAAAACAACCUCGGUAUCAAAAUAAAUUCAUUUUAUACCUAAAGGAAUGCAUUGCAUACGAGAAAACGCAGGAUCCCCUUCGAACAAAUCCAAUUAGUUUGCAAAAAAAAGCUGGUGAAAACUGGGAAAGACUACCAUCUCAAAUUAAACAAUUGUUUACCAUUUUAGCGGAAAUCGCCGCUAAGAGACAUAAAUUGAAGUAUCCAGAUUAUGUUUAUAAACCUCAAAAAAAGGAAGGUAAACAAGCGUCUUCUGAAGAACAUGGACAAAUGUCUUUUGAGGAACAAACGUUUUCUGAAGAACGAACUUCUCCUGAAGAACAAAUGGUUUUUGAUGAACAACCUACUUCUGAAGAACAAAUGGCUUUUGAUGAGCAAACGUCUUUUGAGGAAACUUUCUCUUCCAAUCACGUUAACGAAGAAGAAUUUGGAGAUAUUAUUGAUUACACCUUAUGCAUUUAA